CGUCCUGGUAACGCUGAGAGGACAGAUGAAUUCAGGUAUACUAGCUCUAUUGGUCUGUCAUGCACUUCAAUCGUGUGGCACUUUGUCUCUAGAUUAACCGCCACUUUAUUUGGAGCUAGCAGUUCGUAAAAGGCUCCGCCAGCCCAAGGGGCUCGAACAAUCCUCAAGUAGGUCGAGGCUGUCCUUGUUUAUAGAGACAAUAAGCCAUGCCAUAAUUAGCUCGGCACUCAACAAAGAACCCAAAAAUCUCCUUUGUGCAAGGCGCAUCUUCUAAGCCCAUUGUUCACUUGUGGUCCCUGGGACCAUCUCCUUUGUGCACUCGAGUCUUCAUAAACAGCCGGAUACGACUGUGUUCCGAAUUGCUGUUCAGUUCCAUUCUCUUCAAUUCCUUCAUUCACUUUCACUUACACUCACUUACCACCAGAAACCCAUAGAGCAUAGACACAUCCAUCACAUUAGCAACCAUGGCACCAAUAUCCUUCUCCUCACCACCCGGUGACGGCAUGUGGAAGGGCAACAUCAUUUCCGGCCACAGCGUGAGAAACAACCAAUCCAUGCAACUCGAAAUCGACAACGCACCUGCCCUCUACGCCAUCGAGCCCGUCUCCCCGCACGCACCCGACUACUUCCCCAUGCUGCCUUCGGAUGACGGCUUCCACUCCGACGAAGAAAAUCCCGACCAGGAAUUCCAAGACCGUCCCGAAGACGCCGACCCCCUUGUCGUCAAGGAGUUUCCCUACCACCACCUCACCUACACAUGCUAUCCCAUGCGCGCAACCGACUCUCUCCGUCGUAAUUUCUUGAACCCCACUAGCAACGCGUUUCUUCGUCCCGGAACAAAAGAAGAUUUCCCCGACGGGUUGCGGUUGGUCUUCAUCAACUGGCUGAAGAAAUACGACGUCGAAUCCGGAACAGGCGUCUCCGUCGGUCUAUGGCGCACCAUCGGACCAGACCCCUUGUUGGUGGUCGUCAAGCGCAUCAAAGGCUACUCAUUAAAAACGCGCCGCGAAGACGGGCCGCGGGUUCCCGACAUCGACGGCCCACCAGGCGAACUCAAGUUCAACAGCCUGCCAGACGAGACGAAGCGCACGCUCGAGUUUCGCUUCUUGUAUGAUCCGCACUUGACGUGCUUGCCGCAGACGCAUGCCUUCCAAUUAAAUGACUGGCCGCAGGAGGACGUGACGCAUUUUGGCAAGUUCUACAAUGGGGGCUCGGUGGCGGAGAUGAUUAUGAAGUUCAAGAAGAUAGGCAAAGCGGUUCCCGAGCCGUUGAUUUGGCAUGUGAUUGCGCAGGUCGGGAGGGCCUUCAAGUUUAUACAUACGGGACGGACGCACCCGGACAAGACGCAGGACCGGGGGUCGGCGAGAGGACCGCCCGAGGAAGGAGAAAAAGAAAGGGAGUGGAUGGAAAAGGAGGAUGCCAGAGCGGCGAACUGGGUGCCGACGGCGCAUUUUGAUGCGCAUGCGGUCAAUGUUUGGAUGCAUUGGGUGACGCAGUACGAGAGGGAGAAUGAUGGCGACAAGUGCCUGGAGCACUUUGACGAGGACUUUCCGCAGGUCAUCCUGGGAGACUUUGGGCUGGCGAUGAACGGGAAGAGUCGGAUUGGUAGCCAUAAUCUCAGGAUCAACGAGUGUCCGGAUUUGCCGGGUAAGGAGACCUGGAAGGACAAGGCCGAGCUUGGCCUGAUGCUGCAUCAUUUGCUCCUGGCCGGCCUUCGGGAGGUGCCUCGGUUCACGUCCAAGAAAAUUCCGGAGGACUGGUAUACAAAGUAUAAUGAGUGGCUGUAUGCAAACUACUCCAAGACGCUGAUUGAUGUGGUCAAGCGGUUUAGUGACUUGGCGCACAUGAGCGACCGGCACCGUCUGGGGUGGAAGACUCUCGGGGCCAUGUCUUUCGGGGCGAUGGUGGAGCAGGAAUAUAAAAAGUGGAAGAACGGAUAUUCUUCCGGUUUAGCGCCGUGUGAUGAAUGGUUCCACCACACCAUGAUCGAUCUGGCCGAUAAAGAGGUGGACGAGCGGCGUAGGUUCCGGGAUGGCGUCGAGAGCGUGAGGUGGGCGACAGGGCAGCGCAUGAGCACGAUGCCGUAUCAGGUCCCGAAUAGGACCAAGUAUAGCCAAAAGCUCUUUCAUCCCGACGUUCGCGGGAGAGUACUCCCUGUUCCGCUGGACGGGAGAGAGACACUGCGCAGCAAAGCAAGGACUCUCUACAACCGCAAACUGCGGCGACCUGUCAUCGCGGCCUUCUACCGUCACCCGCCUGACCCGGCUGACUGUGUGGAUAAGGACAAGCUCUGGGUGACCAGGACGUACCGGAUGGAACGAAUCCGGUACCGCAAACCCCGAGCCAUCAGAAUCGAAACCAGUCUCAAGGGGGAUCCGGGAAGCGAACAGAGAAAGUUUACGCCGCCGCCGACUCCUGGGGAGGUGGACCAGAUAAAGUCGAGUAUGUUUGGGCCGUCUUCGUGGGAUUCACGGGUGCUGCAGUGGGACAGGGAGGGAGAGGAGAGUGGGGAUGAAAGUCCGGGGAUGGAGGAUUGGAGCCUCUUUGGAGUGAACGAGAGCGGGAGUUAGUGGUACCUCGGAAGUUGGCAAUAUCCACGCGAACUGUUGUAUUUCCUCCUACCAACUGGUGUAGCCGGCAAGGUGUUGAGUGCAAUCUGGGCCAUAGAGUGACUGUGUACGAGAGAGGGGGACUUGUCCCAAACAGGCCGCCUUGUAGUUGAAAUCGAGAGAAUCCAUGAUGGAGAGCGUUUUGUCAGGUAAUUUCCAAGGGGUAAACUGAAAGUGUUGGUGUGAUGCCACGGCAGUAAAUUGGGUUGUGGAAUCAAAGAGUCGACGUUGACAGAUGCUUUGAAUGGAAAAAGGAAGGGAAUU